CCGGCAGUAAUCUCUUAUAUUUCAGUGCCUCCCGGGCAAAGAAUUGGCAUUGUCGAACUCUGGAGAUAUCUCUUCCCACUACUUUUCUCUUGAAAACGCCCGGACCUUUUAACACCAAUUGCCGAGGUCGACCGGCGCUCCGACACCGUCAACAAGCCAAGCCACGUUAGCCUGGACUGGCUUUCGAACCCCAAAAGGCUGUUCCGGUCCCAACUCAAAUAUUCCACCACAACCACCCUUACUACAGCUUGGCGUAGAGCUGUGUUGCAGGGAGAAUCACUCACCCUCCCCACUUCAACCUCACCUUUUCUGUCUGCUCCAGUGACAGCUCGACACUGGAAUCUUGUUUCCCCGGCACGAGACCAAUCUCGGUAGUUUAUUUGCCGAGCUGCAGCAAAUACGCCCCUCACAUCUCCAAACAUUCCUGCCUCCGAAACAGGACCCCUCAGAACCCCGUAUAUAUAAUUCCAGUUGUACAGCUGUGUACUGGAACCCUCGAAUUUUGAGACAGUCAACGCGACCGCUGCUUCUUGCAGCCCUCCAAGUUGCCCACCAUGUACACAACAUCAUUUGCCUUCUUUGAGGCGCUCUGGGAGGCCGGCGUCACCCAUUGCUUCGUCAACCUCGGUUCUGACCACCCAAGCAUCAUCGAGGCGAUGGUCAAGGGCACACGCGAAAAGAAGGGCCAAUUCCCGAGAAUCAUAACAUGUCCCAACGAGAUGGUCGCCAUGUCCAUGGCAGAUGGCUACGCCCGCCUAACAAACCAACCCCAGUGCGUCAUUGUUCACGUCGACGUCGGAACCCAGGGCCUGGGAGCGGCGGUGCACAACGCAUCAACCGGACGGGCACCUGUACUUGUCUUUGCGGGUCUUUCACCCUUCACGAUCGAGGGCGAGAUGCGCGGGUCCCGUACCGAGUUCAUCCACUGGAUCCAGGACGUGCCCGAUCAGAAGCAGAUCGUUAGCCAGUACUGCCGCUACAGUGCGGAGCUCAAGACGGGCAAGAACGUGAAACAGAUGGUGGCCAGGGCUCUGCAGUUCGCAACCAGCCAGCCUCAGGGCCCCGUGUACCUGUACGGCGCGAGGGAGGUCAUGGAGGAGGAAAUCAAUCCGUACGAACUAGACAAGAAGCUUGCCGAGCCGAUCGAGCUGGGCGCACUGCCGGCCAAGGCGGUGCAGAACAUAUCCGAGGCCCUCGGCGGUGCGAAGCAGCCCAUCCUCAUCGUAGGCUAUGCUGCCCGUAACCAGGAGGUCCCUGCUGCCCUUGUUGAGCUCGCCGAUACCGUGCCCGCUCUACAGAUCCUCGACACUGCCGGCAGCGAGAUGAGCUUCCCGGCGAACCAUCCCGCCUGGCUGGGCCUGAAAUACGGCGCCGCGCCCGAGAUCGAGACGGCCGACGUCAUCAUCCUCUUAGAUGUCGACGUUCCCUGGAUCCCAACGCAAUGCAAGCCGCGCGCCGACGCUCGCGUGUUCCACAUUGACUCGGACCCGCUCAAGCAGAUGAUGCCGGUGUUUUACGUCUCGGCCGAGGGGCGAUACAGGGCCUGUAGUUUUACGGUCGUGCAGCAGCUCACUGCACACCUAAAGGCGAACAAGGCGUUGAUCACAAGCAAGACGGAGGCCGCCGCCCGAGAGAGCAGCCACAGCAAGCUGCUGGCUACCAUCGAAGCGCGUUGCAAACCGCACGACGACGGGACGUUUGGAGCUGGCUACGUCUGCCGCAAGGUGAGGGCCUCGGUGCCCGAGGACACAAUUUUUGCAGUCGAGGCCGUGACCAACACCUUGUUCACACAUGACGCCCUGCAGCCCAUCCUCCCAGGCUCGUGGUACAACUGCGGAGGCGGUGGUCUUGGAUGGUCGGGUGGUGCCGCGUUGGGCCUAAAGCUCGCCACCGACACCAUCAACGGCGGCAAGGGCAAGGGCAAGUUUGUGUGCCAGGUUGUCGCCGACGGAACGUUCCUUUUCAGCGUCCCAUCCAGCGUGCACUGGAUCGGAAAGCGAUAUGGCAUCCCGGUGUUGACCAUCAUCCUGAAUAAUGCUGGCUGGCACGCACCCAAGAGGUCCCUCCUCCUGGUGCACCCGGAUGGCGAAGGGUCGACGGCGACGCACGAGGAGCUCAACAUUUCCUUCGACCCAGUGCCGGACUACUCUGGAAUCGCCAAGGCCGCAGCGGACGGCGACUUGUUUGCGGCGAGGGUGGACAAGGCGGCAGACUUUGAGGCCAAGCUGGCCGAGGCAAUCAAGGUGGUCAAUGGUGGCAUGUCGGCCGUGCUGGACUGCAAGGUCGUCCCUGGAAGCUAAAUAUUUUACCAGCUUUGUUGAUGGGCAGUCAUUUUUUUGGUAUAGACUGGUCUAGAUUUUGUGCUUGCUCGUCUGAUAAUUUGUGCUUGGCUGCGGGCAGCAAAUGCAGUCCUACCCAGAAUCGUACGAGUACAUUAGAUGGGAUAAAAGUUCCUCUAGAGUGGACUGAUCUCUGAUGCAAAACAGUUCCAAGAAGAUGUUGUGCAAGA